AUGCUCAAAGGGCCUGGGGCAGAAAUUCUAACGCCGGAGCAGAUCACCGAAUACAAAGGCAUCUUUGAGAUGUUUGACGAAGAGGGGAAUGGCUUGGUGAAGACGGACGAGUUGGAAAGCCUCAUGAGUUUGAUUGGCAUCAACCCCACCAAGCGAGACCUGGUCAACAUGGCCAAGGAUGUCGACAAAGACAAAAAAGGCACCUUCAACUGCGAUGGGUUUCUGGUGUUGAUGGGCAUUUACCACGAGAAAUCCAAAAAUCAGGACGAGGAACUCAGAGCCGCCUUUAAAGUCUUUGACAAAGAACACAAAGGCUACAUAGAGUGGGAUACCUUGAAAUACGUAUUGAUGAACGCUGGAGAACCGCUGGAUGAACACGAAGCCGAACUCAUGAUGAAGGAAGCCGACAAAGAUGGGGACGGGACCAUCGACUACGAAGAAUUCGUGGCCAUGAUGACGGGAGAAUCCUUCAAACUGACUCAAUAA